AUGGGUGAACUUAUGUACUAUGUGGUGUCGAUUAGGCAAUUGGGUGGCAUCGAACUUUACCGAGGCCAUCCAGUUCGUGAACAAACUUGGACGGUUCCGAAGUUGACGCCUGCCAAAAUGUACAGAAUCAAAGUAAGGACAAGAAACAAAGGUACUGAACACAUUGGAUAUGGCGGCGGUGUUGGCAUGCCAGCAACCAAAGAUGUUGGAACUUUGCCGAGUGGUUCAUUCGAGCCAUCUAAACCAAACAUGGAAUACUUGGCACCUUCGUGGAUAAGGGUGUCUUGGUCGCAACCGGAAGGUCUGCUUGGAAAAGUUGAGAUGUACCGUGUUCUGGUUAAGCACCUGGGUAUUGUCAUUCGCACUGAACAGCUACUACCCAAUCAAACGAGUAUCACUUUGACCGGUCUAGAUGCCGGCGUAAAGUACGACAUCUACGUUCAGGCAAAGAUUGCGUCCAACAAUCAGGGCGAGGGCGGUGGCCUGGGUCCGGAAGUCCUCGUCACUGAAACACCCGGUCCAUGUAAGUCUCGAAACGGCUACUUUUAA